AUGGUGUAUACUCUGUCACAGUCUUUUAAAGUAGAGUAUACUGAGUAUGAGGAGAUAGAGGAAGAAUUUGUGCUUAAUGUGGCCCAAUUACAGUUAGAGGAUGCCAAACCGGCCGAUACGGUGGUUUUCGAGAAGCCAUCGGCCAUACAAAUGAGAUUCAUAAGGCCUCUUUUCAUUCGGGCCUUAAUUGAAGGUCGGCUAGUAGGCCGAGUUAUGGUAGACGGCGGAGCGAUGGUCAAUGUCAUGCCCACUUCAUUCUUUAAGAAGUUGGGCAAGGAUGAAGAUGAGUUGAAGCCCACUGACACGAUCAUGACCGACUUCACUAGGAGCGGUCAGCAAUCUCGAGGGGCGCUUAUGACUGAUAUCACGGUAGGUUCCAAAACUUUAAGAACUGCAUUCUUUGUGGUUGAUGCAGAUAGUCAAUAUAACCUACUACUCGGACGCGAUAGGAUUCACGCAAACGAGUGCGUGCCUUCUACACUCCACGGAAAGUUAUUUUGA